GGGCGUGGCCGCAGCUGUGACGUAAACACGUUCUGCUGUAGGUGAAGCUGCGUCUGGUUACCUCACGCCUGCUCCUUUGACUUUCAGGCGUUUUACCGAUAACGUGCGUGUUGUCAACGGUCUGUAUCUGUUUGUUUGCACCAGAACCUUGUGCAUUUAGCGGUAAAAAUGACAUUGAGGCGCUAAAAUGCGGUCGUAGCUCGCUGCUCGCACAGACAGGCCGCUCCUCGUCCACAGAGGCGCAUAGAUGUGGCCCUCACAGCUGCUCCUCGCUGCUUUUCCACUUGGGACAAGAUGCGCAAGGACGUGAGGAUUCUGCUGGUGGGAGAGCCCAAAGUGGGGAAGACCUCUCUCAUCAUGUCUCUUGUCAGUGAGGAGUUUCCAGAAGUGGUUCCUUAUCGCGCUGAGGAGAUCACUAUUCCUGCAGAUGUCACUCCAGAGCGUGUGCCCACACACAUCGUGGACUACUCUGAGGCUGAGCAGACAGAUGAACAGCUGUUCCAGGAGAUCUCUAAGGCAAAUGUGAUUUGCAUUGUUUAUUCUGUCAACAACAAGAAGUCUAUAGAGAAGGUGACGAGCCACUGGAUUCCCCUGAUCACAGACAACACGGACAAAGACAGCAGAGUUCCUUUGAUUUUGGUGGGGAACAAGUCUGACCUGGUGGAGCACAGCAGUAUGGAGACCAUCCUGCCCAUCAUGAACCAGUACAGUGAAAUAGAGACGUGUGUGGAGUGUUCAGCAAAAAACCUGAAGAACAUCUCUGAGUUGUUCUACUACGCUCAAAAGGCAGUGCUGCACCCCACCGGCCCCCUCUACUGUCCGGAGAAAAAAUGUAUGAGAACUCUGUGCGUAAAAGCUCUGACUCGGAUCUUCAAAGUGUCGGAUUUGGAUAACGACGGCAUUCUGAACGACAACGAGCUCAACUUUUUCCAGCGGACUUGUUUCAACACUCCCUUAGACCCUCAGGCGCUGGACGAUGUAAAAAACGUGGUGAAGAAGAAUUUGAGCGAUGGCGUCCGGGACAAUGGGCUCACUUUGAAAGGUUUUUUGUUUCUUCACACUUUGUUCAUUCAAAGAGGUCGACAUGAGACCACGUGGACCGUCCUGCGGCGGUUUGGUUACGACGACGACCUUGAGCUGAAUCAGGACUAUCUGUUUCCUCUAUUGAAAGUCCCUCCUGACUGCACCACUGAGCUCAACCAUAACGCCUACCUCUUCCUCCAGAGCGUCUUCGACAAACACGACAAGGAUCGAGACUGCGCCCUGUCGCCCGACGAGCUGAGCGACGUGUUCGAUGUGUUCCCGUACAUGCCCUGGGGUCCCGAUGUCAAUAAUACAGUGUGCACCAAUGAACAGGGAUGGGUCACUUACCAGGGAUUCCUGUCACAGUGGACAUUAACAACUUAUCUAGACGUACAACGAUGUCUGGAGUAUCUGGGUUACCUUGGUUACUCCAUAAUCGCUGAGCAGGAAUCUCAAGCGUCUGGAAUCACAGUGACCAGGGCUAAGAAGAUUGACCUACAGAAGAAACAAACCCAGCGCAAUGUUUUCCGUUGUAAUGUGUUCGGAGACAUCGCCAGUGGAAAGAGUGGCUUUCUACAGGCUUUUCUGGGCAAGAAUCUUAAGCGCCAAAAGACCAUCCGGGAGGAACACAGAUCUUAUUACGCCAUCAGCACAACCUACGUUUAUGGGCAGGAGAAAUAUCUUCUUCUCCAUGAAGUGUUUCCUGACUUCGACUACCUGACUGAUGCGGAUUUGGCCUGUGACGUCGUUUGUCUGGUCUAUGAUACGAGUAAUCCUUACUCCUUUGAAUACUGUGCCAAAGUGUUUAAGCAUUACUUUAUGGAGAGUAAGAUCCCCUGUAUGAUGGUCGCCGCUAAGUCAGAUCUUCCUGAGGUGAAACAGAUGUACGGCUGCAGUCCUCUGGAGUUUUGUAGGAGACACAAGAUGCCUCCUCCUCAGUCCUUCACCUGUAACACCUCAACCGCCCCAAGUAAAGACAUCUACACUAAACUGGCCACUAUGGCUAUGUACCCUCACGCCCGGCUGCGCUGCAUGUGCACUUGUAACCGCUGCACCUUCUGCUUGUGUCAGAACUUUCUCAACUCUGAGCUGCUGCAGACCAUCAGGGCCAAACUCUACGCGGUCGUACUGAGAAGACAUGUUAGCCAAGCUGACCUCAAGAGCUCCACCUUCUGGCUCAAAGCGGGCGCUGGGGCCACGGCGUUUGCUGUUCUGGGCUUCGCCGUUUACAGAGUCCUCCUCAAACAGCGGUGAUCCUCCUGGUACCACCUAGACUCAUUCACAAUAACAGCCACUCUAAAAAUGAGUUUAAAAUGCAGAGAUUUUGCAGUUUUAGUUCUUCCAUUCCAAAUGUCUUUUCUAAUUUGCAUAUAGUUUCAUUCAUAACGUCUCCUCGAAUGGAUAAACCAAACGGGAAAGAAACUGAGCAGAUUUAAUUUUGUAUUCAAGUAGCUCACAAUGUUUAUCUUCAACAGUUUGUAAGUAAAGAUAAGCAUAUUUAUAUUUAUAAAAACAUCAACUGUAGCAGGUGAGAUGGGCUCCAUUCAUUUAAACCAUUUUUAGGAUUAUGAGAGGAGUUCUGUGGUUGAUUUCACUAGUGCCCUCAGUAAUUUGUUAUUAUAAAUAUAUAGUAUCAAGUACAAAAUACUUUACUACUGCCCUUAUAGUACAAAAUAUCCAAAGUGACAUGCACUACCAGUCAAAAGGCUGGACAUACUCUCUCAUUCACUGUUUUGUUUUUCUUUACUUUUACGAGGAAAGUAAAAGUAGGAAAAGGCAGGGCACUCAUUAGGGGCUUGAAUGAUUACACUAAGUAUGACUCAGGCACAGUUCACACCUGUUUAGUCCCGGUUUAGUCCCGGUUUAGUCUUGGUUUAGUCCCUGGUUUAGUCCCUGGUUUAGUCCCUGGUUUAGUCCUGGUUUAGUCCCGGUUUAGUCUUGGUUUAGUCCCGGUUUAGUCCUGGUUUAGUCCCGGGUUUAGUCCCUGGUUUAGUCCCUGGUUUAGUCCUGGUUUAGUCCUGGUUUAGUCCUGGUUCAUGUGACACUCAUGACUUUCUACAUUUUAUAUAAACACACAACAUAUCAAAUAUAUCAAGAUAUAUGGAAUUAUUUAAUAUUUUUUCUUUACUACAUAAAACUACAUUUAUUUUUUGACAAAACAAAGAGUGGCUACUUUGAGGAUUUUAAUUUAGAGUCAUUUAACUUUUUUCCUCCAUAAUUCCAUAUUUCUUACUUCAUAUAUUUGAUGUCUUGUGUGUAUAUAAAUGUAGACAGUCGUACAAAUAAAGAAAAACACUGAAUGAGAGGGCGUGUCCAAACUUUUGAUUGAGUUUAUAUUGUUCAAAAACAUGUAAAGAACACAUGGCCCAGCAGGUGUCAGUGGAAGUAAAAUGGGGCACAUUUUUGACACUACAGAGACUUUAUAUGUGUAAAGUCCAUGACAUAACAGCGUCUGACACUUGACUGACCAGUAUGGGCUCUAUAAACUCCAGUGCAUCAGUGCAGAGAUGUUACAGGUUUACCAUGUUA